GGGCUUAUUGCGUUCAAUUUACAGCCUACACAUUUUGGGGUUUUUAUGUUCCGGCCCCCUGACCAUCCAUUCAAGAAAUAAUCACCCUGGGGCUGAAUGUAGUUGAUGAUCCCUGCUAUAGGGCCAAUCAUAGAUAGAUGUUGAACAAUUAGGAGAAUUCCACCUAAAGUAAGCUCAAUAGUUAUCACCCCUGAGCCUUAAGGUCAGCAACAAGUGGUACCAUAUAUACUGUAAUUUCCAGUUUAGAUGAGAUCAACAAACAAGUAGGCCUAAUUGACAUGUGGUCAUUGUGGAAGUUGACUAAAUAUUGUCUACAGUCGCCCUCCAGUGACAAGCAACAGGAAUGACAGGCGAAUAUUGCUUGGCUAGUUCUCUUUUCUAAGCAUUGUUUUACUAUUUAGAGAUAGACCUGUCGCCUAUUUUGCGUAGUGUAGACGUUGAAAUGUCUCGAAACUAUGACUGAAAAUAGUGCAGUCCGGUUUAUCACCAUCGGUGUCAUUUCAUUUGCCAUGGACGUAGGCCUACAACAAAUAUUUUACACCAACAAAUACAGUGUAAUGAUUAACUUAUUUUCUAACAAUAAACCGCUUGAGUCUCUGAGUCACAUGGUGAUUUUUGCUUCUCUCAUGCUGCUUGGCAUGCGGCCUAAAGGGGAUUUUAUUUGUCAUGUUUCUUGCAGUCGUCUCAACUUCCAACUUCGCGCAGGUUGUCUCGUGACCACAUGACUGCUCUCUAGAUCCCUGGCGAGGUGAACAUGAAAACAGCUGUAAACCCAUGUGAAAACCCCUGGUCUGGUAGGCUACUCACUCACUUCUCCAGACAGUAGAGUUGCUCAGGUCAGGUUGGUUUCAGACAACUCCUUGCCUGAAACAAGGGACAUUCGAUGCUAAGCAGAGAUCAGAUGGCAGAGAUUGGGGAACCUGGGGACAUGGAGGAAGUGAAUGAAGCUCAGGGUCUAGAGGGGGACAGAUCCUCCCUCAAAUCCACCAUGAAGAGGAACGUGAAGACACAAUCUGACAGCCCAGUGAAAGAGAAGAAACUGGGGAUGAUGAAGCAAUUCAGGGAGAGCAUCAAGCGGGUUGGAGAGAGGAGUCAUCUGGCCUCAAACAGCAAAGAGUCAAAGGACAAAUCCAAUUCAGAACAGGGGGGACAUGGUAUUGACCCUGAAGUUACCUCUCCAACCCAUCAGCUGCCACCCCCUCCCUCACCAUGGUCUAGGUGGGUCCUUCCAGAGGAAGGAGGGAGGAGAGAGUGCAGAAGAUUCACUCCAGAAAAAGCACACCAGAACGCACUCAGACCCAUCGGCAAUUGGAGACUCUCUUCUAAAGAAGGGGGCUUCCAUCCGACGGAGUUUGCGACUCGUGGGAAAUAAGAAAGACAAGGCCCUCAAACAGGAGCAGCUCCAGCCUGUCACUGAGAUCACUGUGGAUGAGAAGAGAGAGAGGGAGAAGGAGAGGGUAGAGAUAAAAGAGUCAUACAUACUCCCAGAGAUACCCCUCACACCCCUCUCAGUGAUGCAGAUCAAUAAGCUGAUUGGGAUGGAGGUGCUGGAGGAGGCCUAUCUGAACCUCCUCUCCCUGUGCCAGGAGUUCCAGCGGGAGAGGGAGGAGUGCACGGAGGAGGCCUCCUCUAUGGAGCUGGCCAAGAAGGAGAAGGACCUGAGGCUCCUUUACAAUGCCCUGCUGGACAAGGUGAAGGAAAUAGUGCGGGACUCCAACUCCUUUCCCUCUCGCAACAAGGAUCUCUUGGUGCAUGUGGCCCGUGUCAUCCAGGAGGAGGAGAAGAGGGAGGCAGAGCCUGGGGUCGGGGGCGUGGUUGGGCCUGGGGGUUGGCGGGGGGCCUGGAGAGAGGCUGUGAGCGAGGGUGUACAGGCCACGCUGAAGAGUGUUCACUUGGACAGGCCCGAGCAGAAUGCCUCCUGGCUGGCUAUCCACCUGGGUAUGCUGGGCAAGGCCAUCGUGGAGGACUUGAAGAAGGUGAAGGGAGAGCUGCAAGGCUCUUACCCACCCAGCUUCGAUGUGUUCAGCACCUAUGUGAGCUGUUACCAUGGUGCUGUCAGCCAGCACCUGAAGAGGCUUCAGCAGCAGGUGACAGAUCUGAAGGACUACUACACCCUGCUGGACUGGAUCAUCAAUCACUAUGAGAGUGAGAAGAUAAUGAGUAGUCAUUCAUUGAGACCAGAGAUGGAAGCUGAGAACAUAGGCCUCUCCCUGGAGGAGGGUUUCCUGGACCAGCUCAAGGGGAAAUACUGCAUGCGGGCAAAGGAGGAAAUGAGAGCUUCACUGGAUAAAAUAUUAGAGCUUGAAAAUGAGGACAUGUGGAUAAAGAAACAGGCACCAGCGACUGAUGAUGAACACUUCUUUAACUCUGACAUACACAUGGAUAUCUGGACGAAAGUUAAGAGCAAUGCUGUAAACUCCAAGAGGAUUGAUGCAGACCUGGAGAUGGGAGUAGUCUGUUCCUGCCUAGAAGAGUUACAGCAGUUUCCCAAGCAAUUUGAGAACAAAUUUAGGUACUGCUGUAACAGUAUGGAAAACCCUUCACUUUGGGCUGACUAUCAGAUAACCUACAUCAACAGCUUUAAAGCUCUUAAGGAGCACAUGGAAGGUUAUAGGGAGUGCUGCCCGACACAGGUGGACCAUCUCAGCAGAGAGGUGGAUGGCUUGGUCCAUAGACUGGUCCAGGGCCUGGAGGACCAGUUUAAGAAUGAUGUCAGGCCUUACCUCAGGAGAAUGAUGACGAGGAAGUGGCUCUCCACAGAUGAGGACUUCCAACAGCUGUUGAGCAGGACAGAGAAGCUGUCCCAGCGCUGUUCUCAAAUGAGACAUCCAUAUGUACAGAUGUUUGUGAGCAGCUUGCACUACUAUGUGGUGAAAGAGUAUGUCUCCCAGCUGAUGAAAAACAACUACUCCUGUAAGAACAGGAAGCAUGACAAAGCAGCCACCAAGAUGAGGGUGCAGUGGGAUGAACUCAAUGAUUUGUUUGAGGAAAUGAAGACAACCCAUGACUGGCUCCACCCAGUAGGAGACCACCUGAGUAACAUAAUUGGGGAAAAGAACAAGAGAGACAUCAAGAACCACCUGAAACAUUUAGUAGCGGACUACCCAGACAUCAGUAAGAAGCACCUAUCGGCCGUCCUGUACUUCAGGGGCUUGGUGCGGGGAAGGGAGAAGCAGGUAAUCCUGCAGUGUCUCACUGAGCUGAAGAAGAAACUAGGAACUGCAGGGAACACUGGAGAUAAAAAAAGAGGCCUCUUCAUUGAUAUGCAGGUCACCAUCGCCAAUACAAACUGUCUGGCUAAUAUGCCUUUCUCCUGCCUCUCCUCUCUUCUCCCAGACAGCUAAUCUACAGGCCUAGAUACAGAAGCCUACCACAGAGAUGGUAACCUAACCAAGCUGUCUGAGAAGGCCUGAUGAGGCUUAUAAAGGACAUACUGUAUGAUUACCAGUAUGAUCACUACGCAAAAAGCAAACAGUCUAAUGAUUAUUUAAAUGUGAGUGGACCUUUACCUGGUAAAUCUUGUUCAGGCAGUCAGAGGUUAUUUAAGACACCUCAUUGAUUAAGCCUUCUUUUUAUAUAUAUAUAUAUUGUCACUUUAGCCCACUGUUGUUGCAAAAGAAAGCUGAGAACAUAAUUAAUAAUGGGCCUGAUGCUAAAUGAACUCCAUGGUAGGGCUCAAGCUGUAUGUUCAGUGUGGAAUGAACUUUACCAUUGAUUUACCUAUUUUCAAGCUAUUCAAAUGUGUCGCUGCAGUGCACAUAUUACUUGUCAACAUAGAAAAGACUCCCUUAGAAAGUCCCACAGUCCACGGUCCUGUUGUUUUGUGGUCAGAACAAGGUUUCAAAAUAUCACAUCUGAUAAUGUCAUUAAACCACAAACAAAUACAAGUUUCUCCCGUUGUUAGGGAAGUGAGAGUUUUUGUUCCCCUCUAAUAAUUUUUGGACACUUUGACAGGGUAGCAUACAACACAAAGGUUUGUACUCAUGUGUCUGCUGUCUAGUAUGAGUAUAGAUGAAGUCCAUCACAAUAAAUGAAUCCAACAUCAACUGAAGGAAUGGGGAACGUAGAAUACAUUUUCAACAACAAAAAAUAUACAAUACAGUACCAGUCAAAAGUUUGGACAC